AUGCAUAAAACUGCAACAAGAUCCAUAGCAAGGACUAGAUACUUUCAAGCUAGGUAUCAGCAUACUAAUGCUGUAAGAAUAGCAGCAAGAGCAUCGAUAUCAACAUCAGCAGCAGCAGAAGCAGCAGCAGCAGAAGCAGCCAUGAAGGAAAUUAAAACACCUAUAGGUCCAGAAGCACAAAGAAGACAAUCAAUUGUUAAGACUUCACGAUUGUCUAGAGAAGGUGCUAAAGAGUGUCCAUUGAGCGGAUUUUCAUUGCUAAACUCACCGUUUUAUAAUAAAGGUUCGGCCUUUACCGAUGAAGAAAGGAAAGCGUUUGAGCUAGUUGGGUUAUUACCCACGGGGGUGAAUACCUUAGAAGAGCAAGUUGAGAGAGCUUAUUUCCAGUAUUCAACUAGAGUCGACGAUUUGUCCAAAAACUCGUUUAUGGACUCUUUAAGACUACAAAAUAAAGUGCUAUUCUUUGCAUUGGUUAAGAAGCAUAUUAAGGAAAUGUUACCAAUCAUAUAUACCCCUACAAUUGGUGACGCAAUUGAAGGGUACUCUCGUAGAUUUAGGAAACCAGAGGGCUGUUUUUUGAAUAUAACAGAUCCUGACUCAAUUGAAAAGAGUUUGGCAAAUUUUGGUACCGAUAAAGAUGUUGAUAUGGCUGUUAUUACCGAUGGUUCAGCUAUACUUGGAAUCGGAGAUUGGUCAAUCCAAGGUAUCUUGAUUGCUGUUGGUAAAGGUAAUAUUAUCACGGUAGCAGGUGGUAUCAAUCCAAGAAGAAUUGUUGCAAUUGGUGUAGAUGCAGGGACAAAUAACGAAAAGUUAUUGAGAGAUCCAUUGUACAUGGGAAACAGGUUCCCUCGUGUGGAAGGUAAAGAGUACUAUGACUUCAUGGACAAGGUGAUCAUGGCCUACAAAAAGAGAUUCCCAUCAUCGGUAUUGCACUUUGAAGAUUUUAGUACUUUGGCAGCAAAAACCUUGUUAGACAAGUAUAGGGAUCAAUUGGCUUGUUUCAACGAUGAUAUGCAAGGAACCGGGUGUGUCAUUGUCGCUUCAAUCAAAGCUGCCAUGAAAGUCACUAAUCGCAAGUUUACCGAAAGCUCUAUUUUGAUCUAUGGUGCCGGUGCCGCAGGUAUGGGAAUUGCUACACAAAUUGUAAGCAAUUUGGUGUCUUCAGGAUUGACUCCCGAACAAGCAAGAUCAAAAGUUUUCUUGAUGGACAGAUUUGGGCUCGUGACUGAAUCAACCCAAGCAUCACCAUCACAGCACGAGUUUGCCAAACCAGACAAAGAUUGGGAGGGAAUUGACAAACACAGCUUGGUGGAUGUCGUCAAUAAAGUCAAACCAACUAUUCUUAUUGGAAGUUCAACCCGACCAAAAGCUUUCAAUGAAGAGGUUGUUAAAACCAUGUACAAAUACAAUAAAGAUCCCGUUAUUUUCCCUCUUUCCAACCCAACAAAAUUACACGAAGCAUACCCAGUUGAUAUUAUGAAAUGGACAGAUAAUCGCGCAUUAAUUGCAACAGGAUCACCUUUCGAUCCAGUUGAUGGCUACGUCAUUUCUGAAAACAAUAAUUGCUUUGCGUUCCCAGGUAUAGUUCUUGGAUCGGUUUUAGCAAGAACCACAAAGAUAACCGAUGAAAUGAUUUCCGCUGCUGUCGAGGCCUUAAGUGAUAUGUCGCCGAAACUCAACGAUCCAAAAGCAGGUUUGUUACCAGAUAUUACUGAAAUUCAUGAUGUUAGUGCUCAUGUUGCAACCGCUGUUGUAUUGCAAAGUUUGAAAGAAGGCACUGCACAAGUUGAAGGUGAGAAAAUUCCAGACGAUGGAUACGUUCGUGUUCCCACAGAAUAUAACGCUUGUUUGAAAUGGGUCAAAUCACAAAUGUGGAAACCCGAGUAUAUGCCACUUAUCAAAGUGGAAUACGUUCCAGAGGUCCAUACUAAUCAAUAUUAA